AAAAUGCGUGUGACAAAGUUGGGCGAGUGAUUGCGGCAGUCCAGAGGUCUCCAUCAUCACCGACCUGUUCUCAUCACCUGCAUCUCAUGCCUUAUCCCAAAUUUAUCUCUAUUCCCUUCCAUUAUCCCUUUGCGAAACCCUUCUUCGCUUCACCCUUUUGCUAGGCUGGCUGUCGUGGGAAGGCUUGCCCUUGCGCUCUCUCCCACCUUAUCUUCAACGCCUCCUCCUCAAGGUGCAGGAGUCUAUACAGUCUGACUCAAACAAGUGUUCAGUUUUCCAAGUUCAUAGUGAUCUGAAGUGCUAGGAAAAUGUCAAGAGCAAAUACACAUUGGUGUUUUGUUUGCAGUCGAGCAGUUCAGCCACUUGGAAGGGACAUGACCUGCCCCAACUGUAAUGGAGGCUUUGUGCAAGAACUGAAUGAGCUAGACGACAGACUGAACCCAUUUGAUUAUUUUGCAGUGGACUCUAAUGAUCACCACAACAAUCAGUUUGGAAUUAUCGAUGCCUUCUCUGCAUUGAUAAGGCAAAGAAUGGGAGGAAGCAGCAGGGAGUUUGAUGUCCAUGGUAGACCCAGUGUUCCCAUGGGAAAUGGGACAAGAUUUGGACUCGAGCCUUGGCUGCUGUUUCGUGGCCAGCUUCCUUUGCAUACAUCUAACGGAGAGACUGAACUUCUAUUUAAUGGUGGCACUGGAGUUGGGAUGAGUCGUGCUAACUUGGGGCACUACUUUUUUGGUUCUGGAUUUGAAGACUUCAUCGAACAGCUUAGCAGGAAUAACCACCAUGGCCCACCACCUGCUUCGCAAUCAGCAAUUGAUGCCAUGCCCAUCGUGAAGAUCAACCAGAGGCAUCUUCGAGGUGAUUCACACUGUCCAGUUUGCAAAGACAAAUUUGAGUUGGGAUCUGAAGCACGUGAAAUGCCAUGUAAGCAUUUAUAUCACUCAGACUGCAUCAUCCCUUGGUUAGUCCGACACAAUUCUUGCCCAGUUUGUCGCCACAGGCUGCCAUCCCAAGCCUCCGGUCAUGGAAAUCAUGUACGAAGUAGAAACCAGUAUUUUGGUGAUGGUUCAAGCAUCAACAGUUAUACUACUAGGGAAAAUGGUGGAGAAAGCCAAGCCAGGAGAAAUCUCUUCUCCUUUCUUUGGCCAUAUGGCACUGCAAUCACCACUAACUCUAACACAAAUGGGACAGGUGGGAGUAGUUCUACUGCUGUUCAGGAAGAUAUCAAUCAGAUGCAUUAUUCUGGCUGGCCCUUCGACUAUUAAGACCUUACUUUUAGUUAUCAUUUCACAAAUUGUGUAAGACCUUGUCAUAUGCUGUCUCCGGAAGUUCAUGAAACAUAUUCUGAAUAACAAGAAUAUGUACGUUGUGGCUUA